AUGGAUCUGAUGGAUGGAUUCUAUCAGAUCCUCAUGCGUGAACGGGACAUCCCGUACACAGCAGUGAGCACCCUUAGUGGUAUGCUCUGGGAGUGGCUAGUGAUGCCACAGGGGCUAAGUAGCGCCCCUGCAACGUUCAACAGAUGUGUUACGAAUAUGUUGCGACCGGUGCGCGACUUCGCACCGAAUUGCUUCGAUGAUGUCUUUGUCCAUAGCCUGGCUAUGGAUGGAAAGACGGACGUGGAGGUAUAUGGAAUCCACGUCCGGAAGGUUCUUACACUUAUGCGGGAGCAUAAGUUGUUUGCGAACCUCAAGAAGUGUAUCUUCGCAGCGAACGAGAUACCACUUCUUGGCUGCAUCGGGGGUAAAAACGGUGUACGCCCUGAUCCAGAAAAGAUCAAGGCGAUUAGCGACUGGCCUGUUCGAGUCGACGUCAAGGAACUUCGAAAAUUCCUUGUGCUAGCGGCGUAUUUGCAUAAGUAUUCACGCAAUUACGCCGAGAUGACUGUACACCUCUCUCGUUUGUUGAAAAAGAACGAGAGGUGGUUAUGGAACGCUGAAUGUCAGCACUCCUUUGAUGGUAUCAAGCAGAGAUUGAUACAAUCGCCUGUGCUGGCGAUUGUGGACCAGUACAGACCAUUUCAUGUGGUCUGUCACGCAAGCGAUUUUGCAAUCGGCUGUGCGUUAAUGCAGUACGACUCAGACGGAGUCGAGCGCUUCGUCUGUUAUCAAUCACGUCAUCUGCAAGCAGCUGAGCGUAAUUAUCCAGUGCAUAACAAGGAGAUCCUUGCCAUGAAAUAUGCUCUGGCCAAGUUCCGGGUAUAUCUCUCAGGAGAUAGGCCUUUUAUCGUUUAUACCGACCAUGCGUCAUUACGCACGGCCGUAAACAGUCCACACCUCUCGCAACGAAUGGCAAGGUGGCUGUAUUCUUCGUGGAGUACAACUUCUCCGUCGAGUAUAUACCAGGACGACUUAAUGUCGUCGCUGAUGCUCUUUCACGUUGGCCGGAUAUCGAGCCGAUUGCUCCACCCAACAGUAGGGGUGAUCCCACUGUUGCUGCACUAUCAUUGA